GGACUGAACGAACCCAAGGGUUUGUGCCUGUUACGGCCAAUUUUGAUCGGUAGCCUGUAUGAGAGAAGGCUGCGGGUGCUCGGCUUGAUACGCUGCAACUUCUCGCUAGGGCCGGCUGCAGCCAGGGCUGGCAGCGGCUUUGGCCGACGUGCCACGAAGCACAACUGGGCCAAUCGCAGUCGCCUGGCAGAGGUUGUCUUCCUUCUCGUACCUUCGUGGAAGGCAAUCGGCACCGCGUCUCGCUUAUGCGUCUAUUGGUACUCGGGGUGCUACCGCAGUGGCGGGUAUUCGAGGAUCUGCUCUUCUGGUGCACGAAGAAAGGCCCCCUUAUCCAGGAACAACGAAGAAGGGUGGAGACCGAUCACCUCCAGCAGUUCAUAUUCUCCGGCUGCAGGCUAGUUCGAGAUCGGGUCACGAGCGGAUCCUUGGUCGACCACAUGUAUCCAGUUGUUCUCACCGGUGUGCUUCUUCUCUGUGUCUGUGCUUUUGGGCUUGCGCUGAUCUCAGCCUUAUACAGUCUGCGUACGGCACGUAUGACAUCACCGGUUCUGCGUCGAGGCGACAGCGGCGCUCGUGACUACGAUAUGGCGCCUGCAGGGCUCAAGCUUAACUCACGUUACCUGUAAACAGCCCUCUCGGAGAGUGUACGUACCUCCGCGACGCUGUAUUGUCGGGCUUCCCUGGGGUUUCUGCCCAAAUUCGGGCUAAUCGGGUCUGGCAGCAACGGGCGCUAUCUCAACGCCGGUUUGGGAUUCAGCAGAACAGGGUGGACGCGACGCGGAGACUAAUAAGGGGCGAUAGUGGACAUUCACGUCCACAGCUUGUGGAAUCAGUAAGCGGGGCGAGGGUGCGACUGGGGAGCAGCCCGGGAACUGGUUCACGGACGUGACAGCGAGAGCAGGUGUAUGUAUUCAGACACAGUCGGAAGAAUAAAUACAAAGGUACAUAAGGUUCACGGA